AUGGCGUUCCGACCGGAACCCGCUACCGCUGACCACGGGCAUAUCACCCGGCUUGAACCGCUGGAGAAUACAUAUACGACGGAUAGCAGUCUGCAGCGGGUUAUUUCCUGGUACCUCCCAUCGUCAACGUUGGACAAUGUCCAAGCUCCGCUCACCAGGUUGGGCGCUGAGGCUGUCUCGGAUCAGAUCCGUGAAUGGAGCGCAGAUGCAGAGCGCCACCAGCCCUAUGUCAAGAGUUAUAAUGUAUGGGGCCAGAAAUACGAUUAUGAUCGACUGAUUACGAGCGAAGGAUGGAAGCAGCUAGGGAAAUGGGGUGCUCGACAUGGUGUCGUGGCCUUGGGUUACGAGUCGACGUAUGGAGCUGAAAGAAGAUUGGUGCAAUAUGCAGUGAAUUACCUUUACUCUCCGUCUUCGGGACUAUACUCUUGUCCAAUCGCCAUGACAGAUGGAGCCGCUCUUAUCCUCUCCCAGCAGUUGAAAUCACUUCCCGCAGAUCACCAUUUCCAUGAAGCCUACCAAAGGAUGAUCUCUCGAGAAAACCACCGGACCUCCGGGCAAUGGAUGACGGAACGACCUGGAGGAAGCGAUGUCCAAAACACGGAGACCUGGGCGACACACUCCCCAGCAUCACAGGACGCAAAUGACGGCGACUACCUAGUCAGUGGAUUCAAAUUCUUCUCCUCAGCAACAGACGCCAACGUCUCGCUUCUCCUGGCCAAAACCCCCUCCGGGAAACUCAGCGCGUUCCUAGCCCCUCUCCGCAAGACCGUGAUCUCGCAGGACGGAAAAUCGCACGAAGUAAGCAACGGAGUGCGCAUCCAUCGCCUGAAGAAUAAACUCGGCACCAAAGAACUCCCCACCGCGGAACUGGAACUAAAGGAUAUGCGCGCCCACCUAGUUGGCCGCUUGGACCGUGGGGUGUCGAUGAUCUCGCCGCUGUUGAACGUCACGCGCACGCAUACGUUUAUCGGGUCACUGAGCGCCUGGCGGCGCGCUAUGAGUAUUGCGAAGAGUUUCGCAAAAGCGAGAACGACGGUCGGGGAGCCUCUUUGGCUCGUCCCGAUGCAUUUGAACUUGCUGGCUGAUGUAGAGCUCCGGCAUCGAGGCGCGAUGAAUCUCGGCUUCUUCACGGUUGCAGUUAUGGGCGUGGUUGAGAAUGAUGGCGUCUCUGCACCGGCGCCACAUCUGCCAACCCCCGGAAAAGAGGCAGAGGUCGUGUUCCGUGCGCUCACGGCGACUGCGAAGGCGGUGAUUAGCAAGAAUGCCAUUGCAGGUAUCCAGGAGUGUCAGGAGGCUAUGGGCGGGGUCGGGUACAUGGACGAGGCAGAUGAGCCUGAGUUCAACAUCUCUCGGAUCUUACGCAAUACACUCGUCAAUUCGAUCUGGGAGGGGACUACGAAUGUUUUAGCCAGUGAGUUGGUGCGUCAUAUUCUGAAAGACGACCACGUCGUGGUGUUUUCCUCGUGGGUUGGCCGGGUGCUGGGCUUGAUCAAGAACGCCGAGUUCUCGAGAGUUUUGAAGCGGGUGUGGUCGAGCUUCUUGACGCGAUUGUCUGCGACGGAACAUGCGCGUUUGAUCCUUGCGGACGGCCGGCGCGCCAUGUUCACCCUCGCUUGGGUCCUGUGUGGAGCCCUGCUGGCCCUCGACGCCGAGCGAGACGGGGAUGGGGUUGCAGGGGAGAUUGCACGGCGAUGGAUCCUAGCUGGAGAAGGCGGUGUUGGGGAUAUGGUCUGGCGAGAUAUCAUCAAUCGGCCUGUUCAUGCAUCGCAGGCUAUUCUGACAGACGAGCAUCUUCGUUGGGAUUGCAGGAUUGUUUGGGGUGUGGAGUUGCCGGCCAGACAGGUGUCGGGUCAUCGAUCGUUCCAGAAACCUUCGAAGCUGUAG